AUAGAAAUGCUAAGCUAAAAAUCUUUCACUUUAAAUUAAAAUUUUGAAAUUACUUAUAGAAUAAAAAUGUGGUAAAUUCCAACGGUAAAAAAAAAAUUAAGGAUUUUCUUUGAAUUUGAGAAAGAGGAAAAUGUAGCUAAUUAGGAAGUUUUUUUUCCGUUAAUGAGGAAUAUUAAGGGUCCAUUCCCAUUACAGAAUCCCAAAUGUUCUUUUCCUCUCUACCAUUCUCCCGAUCCCUCCUCUCCUUUCUCCAUCGAGAUGUCCACUGCCACCGUCGUCUCAGCCGUUCCUCGUCGGUCCGUUUUAGUUUGAUUGCUGGUACUUUCUUGUUUAAAUCGGGAAAAUGGGUUUAUUCUCAAGCAUUUGAAUUUUGAGGAAGAGAAAAAUGUAGCUAAUUAGAAAUUUCUUUUACCGUUCAUGCGUAAUACUAAGGGUUCAUUCUCAUAAGAGCAUCUGAAUCGUUCUUUUCCCUCCAUUCUUUUCCUUUCACUCGGCUGUGAAAGCCACAAUGAAUCCUGCGAUUCUCGUCACAAACCUGAAUCAUGUUUCAAGCCCUAAUUUCUGAUCGAAGGUGGGCUCGUUUGAUUUGUCCAUUUGGGUCUGGACAUAAAUGUUCUUCUCCAGGCAGUACCAGCUUAUUAUAUGCACACAAGGCAGUAAUCCCAGCUCCCAAACGAAACUCAAGAAGUAUUUAUCAGUCACCACCCGAUUAUGUGCAGAAGGCAUUGCGUUCUUUUGAAUAAUUUAAAUGUGGAUGUUAAAGUUUCUGUUGCAUCAUGUAUUUGUGAGAUUAUGAGAAGUACAGCACCAGAUGCUCCGUGUGGUGAUGAACAAAUGAAGGUAUUCACAAGGCAGUAAUCCCAGCUCCCAAACGGUAGGCCUAGUUUGGACUACGAGUUGAACCCGACGGGACCUGUAUUGGGAACGUAACAAGACAAAGUUGAGUUGAAUAUGUGCUUGUGAAGUUCUGUACUGCAUUUAUGAGUACACAGGAACCGAAUAGACUGCUUCUUCUUUUGACUGCUCUGCUACUGCUGCUGCUGCUGUAUUUCGACAUUGUACGUGUCUUAUCUCAGAUACGAUCUAUCGCGAGUACACGUUAAGUACUUAGAAGGCAUUGCGGUCUUUUGAAUAAUUUAAAUGUGGAUGUUAAAGUUUCUAUUGCAUCAUGUAUUUGUGAGAUUAUGAGAAGUACAGCACCAGAUGCUCCGUGUGGUGAUGAACAAAUGAAGAAGUUGGUUCGGGGACUUCAUAAACCAUAGCAGAUGUGAGAAGGAAAAGAAAGCUGGAGUGCUGAGUAUGAUUCAUUCAGACCAUUUGCGGCUAAAUUUGAAUAGUCUAGCCAUCUGACUGAGAGAUAACCUGAAGUCGCCAAGCGUGGUGCAUGGAGCUUAUUUAUGGAGUGUCAUACUGUGAGUAGUAUACUAUACACAUAUGUAUGUAUAUGCGUUAUCCCCUCCCAUUUGCAUUAAGCAUGCCUUUAAAUGCGAAUGAGAUUGAUGCAACUAAGUGAUCAAUAUGAUAUGUGUGCAUGCAUUGUGUGAAAAAUUGAUUUUAAUUGCUUAGCGGGAUUGAGUUGAAUCUCUUAGACGAUGGGGCACUCAUCAGACCAUCUGUAUUGAGGGUGCAAUCUUGAGGGAUAAUAUUAGUCUAUAAGUGCUUUGUUACCCCGACUAUUGUUGAUUGCUGUUUAACAAUAUUGAUGUGAUUAUUUGUGCUUAUAUUAUUUUGAUGCUAAUUGGAUAGGGAAAGUAGGGACCUCUAGGUGCCAAGAGGUUCUUGAUGGAUGACUAGAGGGUUCAAAAGUCCGAUAUUCAGGGAAUCAUGGUCCAUUAGAGUUUGAAAUGAACCUAUAUAUAAAGAUGUUUCUAUAUAGCUUUAAAAAUAUUUUAAGCAUUGAAAAAAUAAUUAAAAAUGUUUUCGAAAUAGCGUUGUCAUUUUCUAUAAGUUUUGAACUUGAGCCUUGUGUCCGAUGGUCUUUCAGUAGUCCGCAUAUGUUUUGAGUUGCACAUGUUCAUUCAUGCAUCAUACAAUUCACAUGUCAAAUACAUCGAGUAACAUAUUGGUUGUCAGUCUCAGACACAAUGAUGCGAGUUUAAAACAAAGAGAAAAUGAAAAACUAUACUAAAAUUUAUUAGAUAUUUAUUUAGAAUAAAGUUUAGUUUUCAUUUAAUAGGAGGAUUAAAGUGAAAAUAUGGCAUCGAUAGUAGAUAUUAUAGAGAUGCAUGGCCUCUUGCAUGAGUAAGUUAGAACAUACCAAUUUAGUUUUAGUUAAUAUCUCCUUUUGUUUUUAAAUUUAACAUCUCAAGUAACUAUUUAUGUCCUAAUUUUCUUUUCUCGCUAUAAUUUCUUGUUGGCUUGAGUUGGGUUUAGUAAUUUUGGGCAUGUGAUAUUAUGAUUGGAUUGGAAAUUGAUGCUUGUAAGAUUUGGUCCAUGCUUGAAUUGGCACAAGCGAUGUCGAAGGCUAUUUAGAGUUUAAAUUGGAGAACUGAUGAUGAGUUUGAAGCUUUCAACUCUAAGAGUUACAUUGUUUGAUAAUGAUUCUUGGGCUAAUUAUAACUUCUUAAUUUUCUUAUUUUGUUACUAUCUCCGUAAUUAGGUUAGUAACUAUUCUUUAAUUUUAUUUAUUUGCAUGAAGUGAGUAAGGGCUUUGGGUUACUUUAGAUGAUGAUUAUUGAUUGUGUGCUGUGUUUGAUUUUGUGUUUAUGGCUUAAUUUUUGUAUUGUGGCAUGAGAUGUUAGAUUGGUGCUAUGCCAAAUUAUGUGAACUUUAGGUUGGUCCUUCGAAGUGUGAAUUUGAUUGGAAUUUCGGGAUUCUGUCCCUUGUGUGACAGUCCACUUGUUUGAGCAUUAUCUAGAGUUCCACAACUCCAAAUGAGGCAAAAUUUGAACCUAUAGAAACUUUGGUCCGUCCUCUAAAACUAUUUAUUUUGUGGAAGGCCUAAUUCUGCUGUUUUGGAAGUAAAAUUGAGUAUUAGAUUUUCAUAGUCAAUAUGACCUGACAGAUUGACGUAUCUGCAAUGUUUUAUUUAGUCCUCCUUGUUCACUUUUUCAAAUGGCGCAAGACCAAUUAGAAAUGAAACUAGACUUAAUGUCCUUGUGAUGUGGAAAAGAUGGUACCGGUAAUGCUUCCUAGAAUUUCUUGAGACAAUUUUGAGUAGAGCCUCAGAAAUCUGUCGUAGAUGACAGUUUGUUGAUUAUGUGCAAAUAGUAGUUUUAGAUGAUUAAUUGCUUGAGAAAAUCAAUUUUUUUUAUGCCAUGUGAUUAGUAUGUGAUAUAUUUGUUGAUACAUUGCUGGUGGGAGCUUUGGUUUUGCAAUUAAAGGUUGAUUUUAAUAUUUGUUUGCUUAUGCCCCGAAUUCUGUACUAAGUUUUUUCUUGACAGUCAAAUUUGAAAAUUAAUAUGCCAAAUUCUUCUACAAAUGAAUGGUUGAUUUUUGGGUAUUUUGUUUCCCAUCUGUGUAGUUUAUGGGUAUAAAAUGGCACUUUGAUCCAAUUGGUCGGAUCUUGACUUGUGGCUAUUUUUCUAGGGACUACCCGGAGAGAAUUUUCUAAACUAGAUUAAGGAUCUUCCUUGUUUCUUGGAUUGCUUUCUAGUUUGGAAAAUUGCAAUUACCCCUUAAUUCAAUGAAUAUUUGACAGGCUUCGAUACAAGAAUUUAUGGGAUUUAAGCCCUUAGUUUAAGUUGAAAAUGGUGCCUGAUUCAGUCUGAUAUAAUCUGAUUAGAUCUUUUAUUAUUACACUGGUUUUGAUAUCAAUUUCACGAUACUUUAUUUAAAACUUGCCAUCAACAUAGAUGAAAGUGUUUUUUAGAACUUCUUAUGUUAAGACUGAUUUCUAGGUUGUGUCACUUAUAGAUUCUUUCAUGGAAACAGGUAAACGAUUAGUGAAGGUAAGGCCUUUUCAGGUUAUAGUGCCCAAUUUUUUUAUAUUAAUCAUUGAGGCUUUAAAUUCUAUAUGCUACAGGUCUCCUUUUGCAUAUCGAAAGGCAAAGGGAAUUAUUUGAAGCAUGAACCCUUUACAUUAGUGAUAGACAAUUGGCUCUUUCAUACCUUGCUGCCAUGCAGGUUAUUGCAUACGGUACACACCAUAUUGUGGAGCAUUGGAAUGCUCAUGGUCACAAAUUAAGAAGCAUUGCUUUUAAUCUUCAUGCAUUUAUUUUUCUGUAAUGAUAUGUUUUAUAUUAUGUUUAAAUAUAUAACUGCAUCUCAUACUUUCAGUUGAUUUGUGUUAUCAUGAGAUUGCUUUAUAAUGUAGUUGUUUAUAUUUUCAGCUAUGUGUUUCUUAGUCAGCGGAAUGAUGGCUAUACCUCCAGAUGUAAUUUGUUUUAUCACUUCCUGUUCUUUCUUGUAUAUCUUCUUCCCUUGCAGGUGACAUGCUGCUUGCGUGCUGUGGCCUUUCAAGAGACUGUGUUUGUUCAAGAACAUGCAGAUAUUAUUGGUUGCCCUAUUGUACUACCACGAGUAUUAGAGCAUGAUAACAAAACAAUAUGUCAUCGUAUGGCUUUAGUCUGUGGUACUUCUACUUGUCAUAUGGCUGUAUCACAGAGCAAGCUGUUCAUUUAUGGGGUUUGGGAACCUUUUUGGUCAGACAUAUCGCUAUUUGAACUACUGAACAAUAAAUUGAGGACUAUAAUCGAUGACAUAAAGGCUCCAUUCCUUGAUGCUUUAACACAAGAUGUACAUGUUCUUCCCAACUUCCAUGGAAAUAGGUCUCCGGCUGCAGCUCCAAAAACAAAGGGAAUUAUUUGCGGCAUGACCCUUGACAUAAGUGAUAGACAAUUGGCUGUUCUAUACCUUGCUACCGUGCAGGGUAUGGCAUAUGGUACACACUAUAUCAAUUUCUAUAUAGCGUGUACAUGUUCUUGCAUAUGGUUUUUUGUUCUUGAGCUAAAUAUAACUUUUUAAUUUUCUUAUUUUGUUUACUAUCUCAACUUCUAUUUCUAAGGUUAGUACAUCUACCUUGUCUUUAAAUAAUUCCAUGAUAGGGUUAGUAGCUAAUUUUGAAUUUUAUUAAGUUGCAUGGUGGAGUUCCUUCAAAAGUCAUGUUGGGUUAUUUUACUUCUUUUGUUUGAUUCUUGAAUUGAAUCGUUUGCAAUAUAGUAUGAUGAUUGUUAAUUAGAAAUAUAAAAUUUAUAAACUCUAAUUUGUUAAAAAUGGUAUGUGCUUGAAGAUUGUAGCUCGAAGAACAUAAGAUUUGCCUCGGCACAUGUUAAGUUGAAGAACUGAUCAUCAGUUAGAAGCUGAUACUUGAAAAGCUAAGUUGUCUAUUCUUCAGCUAAAUAUAACUUUUUUUUUUCUUAUUUUGUUAACUAUCUCAAUUUCUAUUUCUGUGUUAGUACUUCUACCUAAUCUCUGCCAAACAUUACUUUUGAAGUAACUCCACCAUGCAACUUAAUAAAAUUAAAGAUUAGCUACUAACCCUAUCAUGAAAUUAUUUAGAGUUGAGGUAGAGGUACGGACCUA